ACGUGUCUUUUUCAUUAGAUAUGCAUAUGCUACUCAAAAAGACCAUGCAAUCAUAUUCAUGUAUCCUGCAAAUAACAAACGUUAAUUCAUGAUUAAUCAUCAAUGGGAACCAUUUUCAUAAGACAACUCGAAAACCGUUACGUCGCGUCGUUGAAAAGCUGCUUCAGAAUAGCCCAACUGAAGAAGAUUCACGCUCACGUCGUAAAGCUUUCACUUUCACAGAGCAACUUUUUGGCCACAAAAAUGUUGGAUUCAUGCGACAACAUGGGCUAUGUAGGUUACGCUACCUUGCUCUUCCAACAACUCCUUCAUCCAAACAACUUCUCCUAUAAUGCUAUCAUCAGAACUUACACCCACAAUCGACACCAUUCCUUAGCAAUCACUAUCUUCAUUCAAAUGCUCGCACAUUCAACAAAAUCAUCUUUUCCAGAUAAAUUCACGUUCCCAUUUGUGGUAAAAUCAUGCGCGGGGAUUCUGUGUCACCGUCUUGGUAUGCAGAUUCACGCGGUAGUUUUCAAAUUUGGGUGUAAUUCACAUAAUAUAACAGAGAAUGCUUUGAUUGAUAUGUAUACGAAAUGUGGGAAUUUGACCAAUGCGUGCCAUGUGUUUGAUGAAAUGACUCAUCGAGAUGUGGUUUCAUGGAAUAGUUUGAUAUUUGGGUAUGCGAAAUUGGGACAGAUGAAGAGUGCAAGGAAGCUGUUUGACGAAAUGCCUUUUAGGACAAUUGUGUCUUGGACAACUAUGAUAACUGGGAAUGCUAGAACAGGAUGCUACGGUGAUGCAUUGGAUAUUUUUCGGGAGAUGCAAAUGGUGGGUAUUGAACCUGAUGAGAUUAGUAUUAUAGCUGUUUUGCCAGCUUGUGCACAGCUUGGAGCUCUUGAGGUUGGGAAAUGGAUUCAUAUGUAUGCUGACAAAAAUGGGUUUUUGCAGAAGACUGGUAUAUGUAAUGCAUUGGUUGAAAUGUAUGCUAAGUGUGGUUGUAUUGAUGAAGCUAGGAGCUUGUUUGAUCAGUUGGUUGAGAAGGACGUGAUUUCUUGGAGCACCAUGAUUGGAGGGCUAGCUAAUCAUGGAAAAGGUUAUGCGGCAAUUCAACUCUUUCAAGAAAUGCAGAAGGCGCAAGUUACUCCUAAUGAGAUAACCUUUCUUGGUGUAUUGUUGGCUUGCUCUCAUGCAGGCUUGUGGGAUGAGGGGUUGAAAUAUUUUGAUGUUAUGAGAGUGGAUUAUCAUAUAGAGCCAGAAAUUGAGCACUAUGGUUGCGUCGUUGAUCUUCUCGGACGCUCAGGACGCCUUGGUCAGGCUCUUGACACAAUAUUGAAGAUGCCAAUAAAGCCAGAUUCGAGGAUAUGGAACUCUUUGUUGAGCUCUUGCAGGAUUCAUCGCAAUCUUGAGAUUGCUGUCAUUGCAAUGCAACAGCUUUUGGAGCUUGAGCCAGAAGAAUCUGGGAACUAUGUUUUGCUCGCAAACAUAUAUGCAGAACUUGGAAAGUGGGAAGGUGUAUCAAAUAUUAGGAAACUCAUAAGAAACAAGAGGAUAAAGAAAACCCCAGGGUGUAGUUCGAUUGAGGUUAACAAUGUGGUUCAAGAAUUUGUUUCAGCUGACAACUCAAAGCCAUUUUCACAAGAGGUCUUUGAGAUCUUAGAAGGGCUCGCUUUACACCAAACUAGAACCAGUGACUUGAUGGAACAUGUCGAAGAUGAUGCUGAUAAUAGUUCACCUUUGGUCAAGUUUGGGAAUGUUGGGAAUGCCAAAUCAGAGAAUGUGUAGCUAUUAAGGUAACUAAAAGCAUACGAAUUACCGUGAUAUGGCAAUGCUGGAGGUUGAUGUGCUUCAGAUUCUAGCAUAGAAUGACGUGGAAAACUAACGCUGCGUGCAGAUCCGAAUUUAGUUGAUUACGAGAAUCACAUAUGCAUUGUAAGUACUCUUAUAAUAUUUCUUUCAUCAACGUACUUUCCUGGAUUUACCUUAUUCUAGAAGUUUGUUUGAUAAAUUUUGGUACCGACAAAGUUGCAUUACUGUGAAAAUGGAUGGGAUGAUUGGAAUUUUAAAAAAAAUUGAUUUGUUUUUUUUUUCUUCCAUUGGUGUGCACAUGUCUCUGUUGUUUUGUUCUGCCUUUUCUCUUUUAAUUCAGGAAGGAAUGUUGAUUAAUCCCCACUUAUGUCGCAAGUUGACUUGCUAAGUUCGGCUAUAAUAGAUUUGUAUGUGUAUAUAUGUCCAUGUGGUACUUAUUCAUAGAUCUAGUAACUAGGCAGAAAUGUUCAUUUCAAUGUAUUUUGAUGGUGUUAUCAGGUCUUUGAGAAGCUUGGACCAAGCUUCUUUUUGGGUCAAUGGACCAAGCUUAUUUUAUUUUCUAAAGAGAAAUAAUUUCUGCCCAUUCCCUGUGGAUCUUGUAUAUAUAUUUGGACGACAGCUUUUGGAAUCUGUAGAAUGUAGCAUGCCUCUGAUUGCUCUUGUUCAGUUGUUCUUCUAUUGAUUCCCCAAGUUUUGUUUAUUUCCCUUGGUUUACAAAUAAACAAAUAUAUUCCCUGAAUGCAGUGUAUCUUUGCUGUGUCUGCUUACUUUAUCUUGUUUCUCAUGCAUUAUCAUCUUCAAAAAUGCAUGAACUACACUACGUCUAAUCCACACUGACCUGAAGCUAGAAAAUACUGUUUGUUUCUUAUGAAUUUUAAAGCUUCCUCUCUGCAAGGUACUUGGCUUUUUUGGUCGCAAAAAUAUGACAUUUAUGGACUCAUUAUAAUAUAUAUUUAAGUUAAAUUAUGUGGUUGGUACAGAGGGUUUCAUCAGAUGAAAACACAAUUCAGGUGCUUUCACAAGUCUAGUGCUAUUGAUUUUGGUAGUGCUGCAUUUGACAGUCAGAACCAUGUUUCAUUGUUUCUGUAAGUCAUUACAGAGCCCGAGAUUAUCUUAGCACGGUUGUAGAAAAAUAUUUCAAGUGAGGAUCACGACUAAGAUGGCCUGAAGGAGCUGUUUCAAGGGAGUAUAGAUGCAGUCAAGAAGCUUGGUUCUCUUAAGAAUAUUUAUCACGGCAUGUAGAAUCCUUAUGGCCCUUUUGAACUGAUUUGUUACAUGGGUUAUUAACAUAUGAUCCGGCUGAAUGAAUUAUUGCUCGUGAAUCCCUGGAUCAUCCCUUCUUUAUGAUUCCAACUUAUGAAGCCAAAUCCCCUAUGUUAUGGAAUGACUCCCAUUUCAAUGAUUAUCAGUUGCACAGUCUACAGUUUUGCUUUACAUGUAACUACUGGAGCAUUUAUAAUUUAUUGUUGUUGCUCAUUCUUUGUUAUUUUUUUCUUUCUUUAUUUGAUAUACAAGUUAUUUUGAUAAUUCACCUUUUUUAA